AUGUAUUAUCAAGAGAAUUAUAGGAAAGCUCGUCAAUAUCUCAAUUUAAAACAAAAACAAAUUGAUUUUUAACCUUCUAAAUAAAAUCAACCUUAGAUCACUACUAUUCGUCAAAUUUUAGAAGUAAUAAGGUCAAAGGAACGAAGUGAUAGUCAAUUUAAAUAUAUAAAAACAACAGGAUGCGAAAAAAAAGAAGAUAAUCAUUCACCUUAAAUAAUAAUUUCUUCAAAUUAAGAAUCUAAAGAUCAAAAUCGAUCUCUUGCAGCAAAACUUUUAAGAUUGAAUAAAAUUACUCGAAAUAAAACUUAAGUUACGCCCAUUUAAUAUAAUUUUAUAGAUAGAAUUAUUGAACCUCUCAAAAAAAAAGUAGAAAUUUAAUCUGAACAAAAUUCCCCAUUAAGAAUUCGAAAAAAUGUACCAUGUGUUGAGUAUUAAUUACCAAGUUAAUUGUUCUUUUAAGAUAAUCAGAAAUAAGUCACUACAAUGAGUGAGAGAAAAGUUUGUAUUUAGAAACCUAAACUAAAAGAAAUCUCGAAUUAAUAACAAAAUUAAAAUAAGAGUAUAUAGAAUUGUUUAUCUCAUCAUUAAAUUAUUCAUACAGAAUAAGCAAGUCCCACUUUAAGAAGGUUAAAUAAAACAAGUUAUUAAUGUGAAUAAGUAAAAAUUACUAAUUAAAUUAAAAAUGAAAAAAUAGAUAAAUAGAUAUAAUUAAUUAGAAAAGUAAGUGGUUGGACAAUAUAAAGCCAAGAAAGUAUUCAGACCCCAUUCUGA